AUGCCCUUUUUCGCUCGUAUAGGUGUCGUAUUCAAUGCAUCUGUCGGCGGUCUCUUCAUCAUGAUGCCAGCUCGAACGGGUCUCCGAUCCAUCCUCUCGCUAUCCGUGUUUUUCGUGUUAUUUGUCUUCGCCUUUGGCGCAUUCGAGUUUCUGGACGGUCCGCCCGACGGUCGCGUUGCCUGGGAAUUUCAGAGAUUAAACGAUGAGGAUUUGAGAGAGCAGGAAGCAAAUCAGCGUCCUUUUGCUGAGGUAAAACUCAACUACAAGUCGCCUCAACAAAGAUAUCUCGAGGAGGCCAAAACAGUGACUACUAGCCAAUUCAAAAACUUCAAGUCAACCUUCAACAACAUCAAGGCCCCGCGCCCACCCUACAACAACUCCCGUAUCAUUGACGAUCCCCGUGCCUCUGUCCAGUCCGCCGACAUCGCAAAAUCGGCCAAAAUUUACCGCCCUUACCCUAACUACAACAGUGAAGAAUGGAAGCGCACGCAUCGAGGCGCCUUUGUUCCCUGUGUCGGUCCUCGUGGUAAAACUCUUGACGACAGCUGGGACGACAGCGUCAGCGUUUACGUCGGCGUUCCAGAAAAUUUCCCCGAGCCCAGUUUUGGUUCUCAUGACGUGAUCGGUGUCGACGGACAACUCUCGUACGAUCGAUACACCAGAUACGCCGCCUACGGAUACGGAGAAGAUGACACCUCAUCCGAUUGGAUUCGCCCCUCUAAAGUCGAUUGGGAGACAGUGAAUUGGGGGAAAUUACAACAGGAAUGUGUGCAAAUUAACGCCGGUCGGUACAACACCACUGCAGCAAGCGACAAUAGUGGGUUGUCUUCUUGGUUUGGCCGUCGAUCACGCCCAGCAAAUCUCAUCAACCCUGAAGCACCUCCUGAAAAGCGCACCGCUAUCCUCAUCCGUAGUUAUACCGACAAGCAAUACUCCGAAAAUGACAAGCAGGUUAUUCGCUCGAUGGUCCAGGAGUUGUCUCUCCAGUCCGGCGGAGAGUACGAGGUUUUCUUGCUGGUUCAUGUCAAGGAUGACAGCAUCCCUAUCGACCAGGAAGACGCCUAUGAGCAAGUCCUUCGUGACAAUAUUCCUCCUGAAUUCUGGAACAUGACUAUUCUCUGGAACGUUGCUAUGGUGUCUAAGCGAUACAAUAAGCUCGACCCUGCAGUUUUGAAUGUCCACCAAUCGCAAUGGCUCCCUAUUCAACAUUUUGUUUUGGAGUACCCCGAGUUCGACUUUGUAUGGAACUGGGAAAUCGAUACCCGCUAUACUGGUCACAUGUACGAGUUUACGGAAGCAAUUGCAUCCUUCGGCCGCAAGCAACCCCGCCGUGGUCUUUGGGAACGUAGCGAGCGGUUCUAUAUUCCCGCCAUCCAUGGCAAAUACGACACCGAGUUCCGAGAGUUCGUGGCCGAAAAGGGUGGAUCGGGUGUUUGGGGUCGUCUCGGCUAUGAAAUGCAGGCAGAUAAGCUACCAACGCCCAAAGGGCCACCACCACCAGUUCUUCUGCCCGAAAACGACGACUACCAAUGGGGUGUAGGCGAGGAUGCCGACUUUACUGGAUUCUUGCCUAUUUUCAAUCCCUACCGCACCAACUGGGUGUUGAGAGACGACGUGUUUGGUUAUCUCGGUACGGAAACACCACGAAGAGCCACCAUUAUCACCCAUUCUCGAGUCUCCAGAAGACUGGUUCUAGCCAUGGACGACGAGAACCUGAAUGGUCGCCACGUUGGAUCCGAGAUGAACCCUCAAACCGUGGCUUUGCUUCAUGGCUACAAGGCCGCAUAUGCACCACACCCAAUCUGGUCCGACAAGCCACUUGCACCUAAACGUAUGGAUCGAUGGUUCAACUCUGGUGUCAACGGUCGAUCAGGCAGCUCUUUGGACAGCCCCUUCUCAUGGGGUCGUGAGCAACGGUUCCGGGAUUUGUCCUGGUACUACCGCUGCAAUGUUCCUGGUCGACUGUACUGGAACUUGCUAGGAUGGGAGAAGGACUCGACCGGAGGGCCAAGCUACGAGAAGAAAUACGGCCGUGUAGUGCUGCCGUCCAUGUUCUUCCAUCCCAUCAAGGAUGUAAGCCCUGAUUCCGAUAGCAUGAACUAUGACCUUCCCGUUUAA